AUGUUCAUUCAGACGUUUAUAGAAAAAUCAAAUUUGAAGCCUUUAGGACAGGAUACAGCAUGGUCAACUAGUAUAAAUAAAAUCAAAAACAAUUUGCUAACUGCGAGAUCAUUAAUUGAUGUCAAUAAACCGUCUACGAGUAUUAGAGUAUGUAACAUAUCAAAUGAAAAAGUUGAAAUACCUAAGGAUCAAGUAAUCACCAAAUUACAUGAAGUUGUUGUAGUUGAUGAUAAAGUUCAAGAAUCAAAUAACAAACCCACCAAAGAAUAUGAUGAGACUAUAAACACAAUAGUUGAUGAGGUACAUUCCAGUGUUCCAGAUAAUAUUCGUAGUAAUUUGAGAAAGUUGUUGCUGAAGUAUAAAAAUAUUCUUUCAUUAAGCGAGUUUGAUUUAGGAAGAACUAAUAUAACGCAACAUGAAAUUAAUACCGGAGCAAACAGAUCAUUUCGCCAAGCUUUGCGACCACAACCUAGAGCACAUCUACCAAUCAUUGACAAUUUGUUAGAAGAGAUGUUACAGCAAAAAGUUAUAGAACCUUGCGUGCGAAUCACGAGUGGGCGAAUACGACGUUUAGACGGUGAAAAGCGUGAGAUUCGCACAACGAAUUCGACGUUGAGAAAUCUGUACAACAAAUUUGACGAUACAGGACAAAGUCAAAGCGCAAAAUUGGACGUUUAUUAA